GGCAGUUUGUUAAUAAAUGUCUUCGUGGAUUGAAGGAAUUCAGGAGAAUAAUGGCGAUGGAAAUAUCGCGGUGUUUAUAGUGGGGCAUUAAACCGGUCCAAACUGUGUGAAUGAAAUCCCUUGCGCACGCUCUGACGCGCGCGCUCACGUGUCGGUUCUCGUAGAUUUCCCGUGCUCGACUCCCCCCUCACUUCUCGUCUUUGGGUUUUGCCGGUGUUUCAAUGAGCGCGACCGGAGCGUCAUAGCGGGUAAGAAUCGCGGUUUUAACUUAUUGUUACUUUCAGGACCGACCGUUAAAAGUUUUUAGCGAGAGGAAUCGCUCGCGCCUAAGUUACCGGUGGCUAUCGCGAGCGCGCUACCGCUGGACUCGAACUCUGAGCUCACGCCGCUAGCCGGUUAGCUCGUGCCGAGCGUCCGUUCAUCACUUCUGUCCACACGAGCGGAAGACUUUCAAUGAAUGAAGUGACGUUGACUUGUCCUGAUGAAUAAUGCUCAUGAUGAUGUCACUGCUGAAUGGACCAAUCACGCUCAGAAGGUCAGACAAGCGUGCUCUUCAGCUGUAUGUGCACGAGUGUAGUAAAUCUCAGCUGGAGUCUGUCGUCAGUCAGUCACAUAAAUCUGCCGUCACACGUUUCUAAGGAAACAGCCGGUUUACAAAAGUACAGCAGACGCCGUGUCAGGAUGUACAAGCUACACUAGUGUGAAAUCUUCAUGAAAAUCUGUUUGACAGCUGAUGCUCCCCGUCUGAGGGAGUGUCCCGUCCCUCACUCUGAUCCUCCCUCACCUCACUAAACUCCAUCAUGUCAAGUCGAAGGAAGUCAUUCAUCCCCUGCAUGGUCCGUGAAACGGUGGAUCUUGCAGCCGAGACAUUUAAAGAUGAUGAUGAUGAGCAGAGUUCCUUCUGCGUGCUGCAGCGACACAACUCCGGAGAGCGUGAGGACUGCCCUCCGUCUGAAGGACCUUUCCACAUCCUCUACCGGUGCACCGUCUGCAGUUUCAGUGCCACCAGCUCUGAAACCCUCUCAUAUCAUAACACAACACAACACCCAGACAGGAGGUUCAAGCAGAUCAAACUGAAUGAAUCUGUUCUUCAGGAACCCGAGGGUGCAGGAGAUGACCCGCCACGUGUUCCAGCAAGCAGUUCAGUAGCCGAAGACACCGGUAACAUUUCAGAAACACAAGCACAGGUGGACAGUCAUCUAGAGAGUCUGAUGUUGAAGGAUGACAUCAGAGCAGUGAGUGUAAACGGUACAAUCAUCAUUCCAGAACCCAUGUGUCACGUCACACCUCUGUUACGGCGACCUCCCAACCUCAGCACAACUCCAACACUUGCGGUUCCUCUUUACACCAACAAGUACAAUCCAGAUCUGGACGGCAACUCGAUGCUCAUGGCAUCUUUUAACAGAUUCCCAUACCCAACCCACGCAGAGCUCUCGUGGCUCACAGCUGACUCAAAGCACCCUGAAGAACAGAUCAGAGUCUGGUUCACCACGCAGCGUCUGAAACAGGGCAUCACCUGGUCACCUGAAGAGGUGGAAGAAGCCCGUAAGACGCUGUUCAAUGGCUGUGUGUGGCCUCCUCAGCACACCUCGCCCUCACCACACAAACUCAGUCGGUCUGAUAGUCAUGUGACUGGAACAGCAGGCAGUCGGACACUUAAACGUUCUUUGCAAACACCUCUGUUGAUGUCAGACAUCAAACGGACCGUGUGUGAGAGCUUGUUUACGAUGCCAGCUCCAGUGUUCCCAGAGAGAAAAAGAUCCAGCUCCGCUUCUUUUCUUGCGUCACAUUUUAAGAUUCCUGCUGUUGCAUCUCGGGAGAAAGCACCGAUGGUUCCAUCUAAAGAGAAGGUACGUGUGGAACGUCCAGCAGCGGUGCCCAACCAAAGACUUCCUUUGAUAGCGUCCACCAAUCUAAAAAGAUCUGCUGUUCUUCAGCAAAUGAACUCGUACAAAAACAAGCGCAAUGAUGUGAGUUUACCUUCCCAUGUCAGCAGACCAACAAUCAUCCAAUCUCCACGCUUCCCAGACGCUGCUUUUGAGUCAUUGAGACCGUCACCAACGUUCACGUGCUCCAGCAGUCGGAGUGACGUGAGGGAGCGUUCCGUCCCCGCUCACUUUCCUCUGUUAGAGAGAGUGAAGGGCAAGAGUUCUGGACAAAUGAAACUGUUAGAGGAGAGUUUUCAGAGGAACAGUUUCCCAUCCUUCAAUGAAGUGGACCACCUCACGAGCACCAGCGGAUUGUCCGGAGAGGAAAUCGAAAGCUGGUUCCUGGAGCGACGAGCGCUUCGUGAUGACCUAGAGCAAGCCCUGCUGAACUCCAUGGGCUGUAGAAAAGACAGCGAGUCCACGAGUCUGCUCAAAAAUGUCUGCGUCCAAACGCCAUGGCCUGUUGUGCUGCACAAAGGGUUUGCUCACACAGACGUCGCCCGUCGGUUCAGGGCUCCGUCCAGUGGAUUUCUGGAGCAGGAGAUGUUUGGAGAGCAGAACGGAUGCUCCAGGGGAAAACUGCUCGCCGAGGAGAACGUCAAAGCCAACAGCCCAGAGAUGGAAGAAGACCGCUUCCACCGAAUGCCAAGUCAACGCUGGCCAGACGUGAACGCUGGUGAAGGACCGCUCGGCGGGGGGGACGGGUGUCUGUGGAGGUGUAAUGCUGUAGCGAUUGACACGGAUUCAAGAUGAAGAUGAGGUGAGACAUGUGAUAUAAACACAACAGCUCACGGCUCUUAUCAGAUGUGGAGCGUUGUGUGGAUGAUCUGGAUGUUGUGCCAAAACUGGACACGUGUAUCUACAGUUUGAUUCUUCUAAAUGUUUUUUUUAACGAUUGAAUGGGAAAUUUUGUUACGUUUUUUGAAUAGGAGCAAGUUUUAGUGAGAGAACAUCAUUUCUAUUGUUACACUAUAUAGACGACCUGCCAUGGUCCAUAAUCAGUCCCCUUUUACAAACACAUGAGACCGUCUGGAUGUACUUCUGACGCACACACACGCACGCACACUAUUGGUGUUGUUUUGUAGCUGUUGGUCAGAUAACACCCAGUCCAUCUCAUCUGUAUGUGCUUGUGUUGUGUAGUGUUUGUAUGUAUCUGCUGAUGUCUGGAAUAAAGUAAAAGCUUGAUGUUCAUAUGUAGUUUACUCUUGUGUAAAGAACUCUGUUCUAACACUAAAAUCAUCACAACAUGUAAGACACUUAUAGUUUCUAAAGUGACCAGAGGUUUUCAGGCUGAGUUGUGUGUCCUCAUUUAAAGUGAACGCUGCUGUUUGACUUCAUACUGUGUCCUCACAUUACCCAUCAGCUAUAUAAAGCUCUC